AUGUCAUGGAACAAGAAUGGGGAACACCAGAAUCGUAAAACUAUACUGUCAAAGAAGUAUGCAUUUCACUCUCAUACUUACACUGUACUCAUAUAUGGUAUAUUUUUGAAGGAAGUGACCUAUGAUGAUGUGCACAUCAACUUCACUAAGGAAGAGUGGGAUUUACUGAAUCCUUCCCAGAAGAAUCUCUACAAAGAUGUGAUGCUGGAGACCUACUGGAACCUAACUACUAUAGGAUACUUUUGGGAAGACCUUAACACCAAAGAGCAUUGUCAAUGUUCUAGAAGACAUGCAAGGAAUGAAAAAACACAUAGCGGAGAAAAAUGCUGUGAAAUUAAGCAAUGUGAUGAAGUCUUUUCUUGUCACAAUCAUCGUGAAAUGCAUAAGAGAACACACAGUGGAGAGAAACCCUAUGAAUAUGUUCAAGAUAAUAAAGACUUUCUGUAUGUAACUCAUCAAAGUCAUAAACGAAAACAUACUGGAGAGAAAACAUAUGAAUGUAAUCUGCAUGGUAAGGUCUUUGCUGAUCAGAGCCAUCUUCAAAAGAUUAAAAGAAUAUAUACUAGAGAGACACCCUAUGAAUAUAAUCAGUGUGGUAAAGACAUUACUCAAUGUACUGUUUUUCAAACACAUAAAAGAAUACAAACUGGAGAAAAACCAUAUGAAUAUAAUCAGUGUGGUAAGGCCUUUGCACGUCAUAUUCAUCUUCAAUUGCGUAGAAGAACACGAACUGGAGAGAAAACAUUUGAAUAUAAUCGGUGUGGUAAGGCCUUUGCACACUACAGUAAUCUUCAAAGCCAUAAAAGAACACAUACUGGAGAGAAACGCUAUGAAUGUAAUCAGUGUGGUAAGGCCUUUGCAUGGCACAGUGGUCUUCAAAGACAUAAAAGAACACAUAAUGGAGAGAAACCUUAUGAUUGUAAUCAGUGUGGUAAGGCCUUUACACGACAUAAUCAUCUUCAAAUGCAUAAAAGAACACAUACUGGAGAGAAACCCUAUGAUUGUAAGCAGUGUGGUAAGGCCUUUGCACGUCUCAGUCAACUUCAAAGGCAUAAAAGAACACAUACUGGAGAGAAACCCUAUGAAUGUAAUCAGUGUGGUAAGGCCUUUGCACGACACAGUAAUCUUCAAGUGCAUAAAAGAACACAUACUGGAGAGAAACCCUAUGAAUGUAAUCAGUGUGGUAAGGCCUUUUCUCAAAACAGUGUUCUUCAAACACAUAAAAGAACACAUACUGGAGAGAAACGCUAUGAAUGUAACCAGUGUGGUAAGGCCUUUGCACAACACAGUCACCUUCAAAGCCAUAAAAGAACACAUACUGGCGAGAAACACUAUGAAUGUAAUCUGUGUGGUAAGGCCUUUGCAUGGCACAGUGAUCUUCAAAGACAUAAAAGAACACAUACUGGAGAGAAACCUUAUGAUUGUAAUCAGUGUGGUAAGGCCUUUACACGACACAGUAAUCUUCAAGUGCAUAAAAGAACACAUACUGGAGAGAAACCCUAUGAAUGUAAUCAGUGUGGUAAGGCCUUUUCUCAAAUCAGUAUUCUUCAAACACAUAAAAAAACACAUACUGGAGAGAAACCCUAUGAAUGUAAUCAGUGUGGUAAGGCCUUUUCUCAAAACAGUGUUCUUCAAACACAUAAAAGAACACAUACUGGAGAGAAACCCUAUGAUUGUAAUCAGUGUGGUAAGGCCUUUGCACGUCUCAGUCAUCUUCAAAGGCAUAAAAGAACACAUACUGGAGAGAAACCCUAUGAAUGUAAUCAGUGUGGUAAGGCCUUUGCACGACACAGUAAUCUUCAAGUGCAUAAAAGAACACAUACUGGAGGGAAACCCUAUGAAUGUAAUCAGUGUGGUAAGGCCUUUCCUCAAUUCAGUAUUCUUCAAACACAUAAAAAAACACAUACUGGAGAGAAACCCUAUGAAUGUAAUCAGUGUGGUAAGGCCUUUUCUCAAAACAGUGUUCUUCAAACACAUAAAAGAACACAUACUGGAGAGAAACCCUAUGAUUGUAAUCAGUGUGGUAAGGCCUUUGCACGUCUCAGUCAUCUUCAAAGGCAUAAAAGAACACAUACUGGAGAGAAACCCUAUGAAUGUAAUCAGUGUGGUAAGGCCUUUGCACGACACAGUAAUCUUCAAGUGCAUAAAAGAACACAUACUGGAGAGAAACCCUAUGAAUGUAAUCACUGUGAUAAGGCCUUUGCAUGUCACAGUGAUCUUAAAAGGCAUAAAAGAUCACACACUGGAGAGAAACCUCAUGAAUGUAAUCAGUGUGGUAAGGCCUUUGCACACCACAGUAAUUUUCAAAGCCAUAAAAGAACACAUACUUGA